GAUUGCAAGUGACUGUUGGCGGUUCUUAAAGUUGCGUCGGUGUUACUUGAUAAAUAAAUUUUGCUCAUCAAUUUUUUUUUCAGUUAAAUUUUGGAGUAUAUGAGGAGAAAGUGGAAUUGAGCCCUCAAUAUUCGUCGAUUUUUGAUGUUACCGCUUCCAAAAAAAUGGCGUCAAAAUUAUGGGAAGCAUUCAGCAGAAAACGAGUGGACGACAGUCCCGAAGGAAAAGGAGAAUUAGCAAGGGUCCUCGGCCUUCUAGAUCUUACAGCUUUAGGAGUUGGAGGCACUCUCGGUCUAGGUAUUUAUGUCCUAGCCGGCAGUGUUGCCAAGGAGACGGCAGGCCCGGCCGUCUGCAUCUCCUUCUUCAUCGCUGCAUUCGCAUCAGCCCUAGCUGGCAUGUGUUAUGCUGAAUUUGCGUCCAGAGUACCUAAGGCAGGUUCUGCUUACGUGUACAGUUAUGUCACUGUCGGGGAGUUUAUCGCUUUUGUUAUUGGAUGGAAUCUCAUCCUAGAAUACGUAAUUGGUACCGCGAGUGUUGCCCGUGGCCUCAGCAAUUACGUAGACUCUCUCAUCGGGAACGUCAUGCGAAACUACCUCCACUCAAUUAUGCCCAUUAACGUUUCUUUUUUAUCCACGUAUCCUGACUUUUUUGCCUUCAUCGUUGUUAUACUACUAGUCUUACUACUCUGCAUCGGAGUACGUGAGUCGUCAUACCUGAACAUAGUAUUCACAGCUGUGAAUCUGAUAACGAUCUUGAUUAUUAUCGUGGCAGGAUCUUUCAAAGCUGAUCCCGCCAACUGGAGCAUCUCCCCUGAGAACAUCCCCGAGAAAUACAAGAACGUCGGAACUGGUGGCUUCAUGCCUUUCGGAAUCUCCGGAGUGAUGGUGGGAGCAGCCAAGUGCUUCUACGGUUUCGUCGGCUUCGACGCAGUAGCAGCUACCGGAGAAGAAGCCAAGAAUCCUCAGAAGACCAUUCCCAUGGCGAUUGUUCUGUCCCUCGCCAUCUCCUUCGCAGCUUACUUCUCAAUUUCCACGGUACUGACCAUGAUGUGGCCUUAUUACGAUCAGAGCCCGGAGGCACCGUUUCCAUACGUCUUCGGACAAAUCGGCUGGCCAGUGAUCAAGUGGAUUGUUAACGUCGGAGCUGUCUUCGCAUUGUGCACUAGUCUUCUGGGGGCAAUGUUUCCGUUGCCGAGGGUUUUAUACGCCAUGGGAAGCGAUGGAAUCAUCUUCAAGUUCUUGGCGAAGGUCAGUGAGAAGACACAGACGCCGGUGCUGGGGACUGUUACAUCGGGACUUCUGACGGGUAUCAUGACCCUAAUCUUUGGUCUCGAGCAGCUAAUCGACAUGAUGUCCAUAGGAACACUCCUGGCCUACACAAUCGUCGCGAUUUGUGUCCUCAUCCUGAGGUACCAGAACACAAAUACAAGUCUCAAGCUGUCGCCGAAUGACAUGCUAGAGGACGAUCCAACCCUCUUCGACUACUUCAAACGCAUCUUCAACCUCUGCAAUCAGAAAGUCGCGACAGACUUCUCAAGUAGAGUCGCAGGGUGGGCGGUCCUCGUGUUCUCCUGUCUUGCCUUCUUCUUUGGUUUGCUUCUAAAUCACGUGAAUUUCAGCGGAACUGGACUCCACGUCAUCGGAAUCGUAGCUUUGGGAGUCAUUGGAAUCAUGAUCUUGUUGUCUAUGAUCGCGAUUGGGAGGCAGCCCGUCGAAAAUUUAGAUCUGGCAUUCAAAGUACCGUUGGUUCCUCUCAUCCCCUGCGUCAGUAUCAUGAUCAAUUUAUUGUUGAUGCUUCAGUUGGAUGCCUUCACAUGGGUGAGGUUUGUCAUCUGGAUGGCCGUAGGAUUCGCCAUCUAUUUCCUGUACGGAAUCCGACACAGCGUGCAAGGAAUAACGAACAAGAGGGCUCACCAGUACACGGAGCCCGUGAGAAUAACCACGAAAUUCUAAGUCGAUCAACUACUUUUGAAAUUAUACGAAGUAUUGACAAAAAUCGCCGUUACUCCGUUUAGGAGAAUGAACAUGCAUUUACUUGGUGAAGAGACCAAGAGAGGGUCCAAAUGAGGGAUUGAGAAUCGAAAUUUUUCGAUGCCAAAGAGAUUUAUUUUCCAAGUUUUCCAACCCUCUGCCUUUGAAUUCUAAAACACGCAAUGAGUAGCGAUGUCUUUUGUAAAUAUUUUAUUCACAAACAUUUUACAUUUGAGCGUAAUUUAUUCAGUAUUCCGACUCUCACUGUACAUACGUAGUAUAAAUGACUGUAAUAAUUAUUUUGUAUCUCCCUUAUCUCCCAUUAAUGUCAUUCUCAUGGCGAUUGUACAAAAAUAAUAGUAUUUAGGAAUUAAAAAAUCACGUGAUCAUAGCUUACCUCGGGAAUGUCUUCAAUAUCACAAAAAGAAAUAUAAAAUAAAAGAGCAAGACUAGUUAGUUCUUCUAAUAGUUUA